AUGGCGCUGUCGGCCGAGCUAGACGUGGCGGCCAAGGUGCGAAGCACCAAAGACGAGCUUGUAAAACAUCACAAUGCCCAAGUCGAAAGGCUGCAGAGGCAGCAGAACAGCAAAGUGGCGUCUCGUUCCGUCAAACGACCCGAUCUUGAUAAUCCAUAUCCAGCAUCCGUCAAGUCGAUCAGCGAGCUAGAAAAGAUACCACUUCGCACAUUGGAGCAAGGCAAGCACCACCGCCGCAAAGUCCUGGUUCUACGCAUCGUGGCGUUGCCGUAUAGCGGCAUCGGAACGGUGACAGUCGUGGAAGACGAGUAUGGUGAUGUUGAGAGGCUCGUCAUCUUUGCCCAUAGUGAUUCUUCAAUCUUGUCCAACAUCCCCGAGGGGUGCUUCGUCGCGGUCAAAGAGCCAUUUUACCGAUGCCCGCCAGCAGGCCAGGAUGUGUAUCCGGAGAGCAAGACGCCGGUUAUCUCGGUCGAUCACCCCUCCGACAUCUUGCUCCUGAGGUUCAGUGAUCCCAUAAUCCCACUAGGGCUCAAGGGUGGCGUAGAACAUCCUCUUCUUAGCUCACUGGAGGAGUGGAAGACCGCAGGUGACACUGCUUUUCUCGAAGGGGAUCUGGCGACGGCCGCAUUUUGCUAUACCGAGGCCCUUGACUUUGUAGGGGCACCGGGCGAGAACGAGAGCAUGGACAGUGAAGCGGCGGCGGCAGCCGUGUAUACCAAAAGGGCAGGAACCAAUCUUUUGCUCGGCAAGCACGACGCCGCCAGAUCGGAUGCGCUGGCGUCACUGACCGGAGGGUCGGCCGACUGGCGGGGGCAUUUGACCGCGGCAAAAGCAGCCUACGCGCUGAGAGACUUCGGUGGCGCGCUUGAGCAGCUCGACCUCGCCCUUGCGCUCCAUCCCAGCGAUUCAGCAACGGUAACCCUGAACAAGGAGAGGGCGCGGACCCUCGACCGGAUUCACGAAGAGGACACGGGCGAGUACGACUUCCCGGCACUCGCCGCAUCGGUCUCUCCGGCCGGGCCGAAGCCAAGCGUCCACCUGGACGUUGCAGACUUCACAAGACGGACAACUGUGGAGGAAUCACCCAUGCAUGGACGAGGCCUGUUCGCUACCGAGCUUAUCCCGGCGGGUGAGCUCGUCUUUGUGGAGAAGGCGACGGUCAUGCCGACCAAGUACGACGACGAAGGAUCCGCCGCUGGCUUAUAUGCCGGCAUGGUCCGCCGGAUGUACGACAGCCCCACUGUUGCAGCCCGGAUCGGUGGGUGCUGGGCCGGAGAGUAUGGCUGUCUGACGGGAAAAGAGGGCACCGUGGUCGACGGCACGCCCGUCAUCGACGUCUUCCACACGGAGCUGGUCCGCACCAAAAACUGCCACAGCUGCCCCCCCUUGACGGUGGACAACACGCGCCCCCGCCCCGAGGGCGUGCCGGAGCCGCCGCAGACGAGGGGCAUCUGGCCGCACGCGGCCAUCAUGAACCACGCAUGCGUGGCCAACAGCACGCGCGCCUUCUGCGGCGACCUGUUCAUCACGCGGGCGUCGCGCGACAUCCCCGCGGGCGACGAGAUCACGCAGCAGUACGUGCCCGUCCGGGCCGACUGGGGCGAGCGCCAGGCGCAGCUCCGCCACUGGUGGGGGUUCGAGUGCGCCUGCGCGCUCUGCGCGGCCGAGAGGCCCGCGGCGACGGCCGACCCGGCCACGGGCGGCGCGGGUGGCGCGCAUGCGAGGCGCAAGGCGCUCCUGGCGCAGAUCGAGAAGCUCGCGAACCGGGCCAAGCCGGCGCCCGGGAGGUCCUCGAUGGGCUUGACGGCGGACAGGAGGCAGCCGCCGCCUGGCAUCUAUCCAGACGCCAUAAUCCGGAACGUCGAGAGGCUGUCCAAGCAGCUCGAGGACGCGCACGAGCGCGAGGUCUACGGCGAGGGAGGCGCCGAGGGCGGUUCCAGACUGCUGCCGCGGCUGAUGCUCGUGUUUCCGCACAUGUGGCUGAUUGACGCCUACCGCGGACGCCGCAACUACGCCAAGGUGAUUCAGAAGGCGCUGGGGGUGAUACGCGACUUUGGCUUCUUGCUACCUCCAAGCGCAGUGUCGCAAGCAGCGGCGACGGCCGACGGACUCGUCGAGGGCAUCGAAAUUCAGGGCUUGUUCCAGACUCAGCCCUCGGAAGCGGCAGGGCUGAUGACGAUUCACGUGCUGAGGGCGCUGAAGCAUGGGGCGGAUGCGCACCAGGCGUUGGGGCGAGAGGAGGAGGCUGAGCGGUGGGAGGCGGCGGCGGCGUUUGGGUUCAAGAUGGUUUCGGGGUGGGAGAACGAUAUCGACAUCAUGAUGGCGCCGGCAGAGAAGUAGGCGUGUCGUCGGGCCAUUCCGGUUCUUAGUGUUUUGUGUUGAUCUGAACAUGACGAUAGAAUGAUGAAGAUGGAUGAAGCAUGAAAACAGACAUCUGCCACCUCAACUUUGGGCAACUGAAAGUCAAAGUCCCACUAUUAACUCAUGCCAAAUGCUGGGCAGUUCGCCUGGAACUUAGCGCCGGAAGCACCGCACGGGCAUACCUUCGCUAAA